UCCGCUUGGUAGCCAUUGAAGGCCACGCUUUGGCUUAAAUCUCAAAUUUCUCACUUUUUUCAAUUUCCACUGAACUUUUCUAUUUUCUUCGCCAUUUUUUACUUAUUAUGUAAUCCUCUCAACCACCAUUCAUAUGCCAUAAUUCAGUUUUUUUCAUACACACGCACUGCAUUGACAUUCUCUCCGGAUGAAAUGGCGGUUUCCGACAAUUCCACCGGCUCCGAUGAAUCUUCAGGCAGCAUUUUUACCUCCAGAACCCCAAUUCUUGGUCAAAAACUGGAUGUGGUAAUCAUAACGACAGUCGUUGUAAUGCUUAUAAUUUUCCUGUUAAUUUUGCUUUUCCUCCGUUUGAAUCGGAAAUCAAAGCGAAAUCGCAUUGCCGUGAAGUACAGCUCGGGACUGUUACCAUUAGAGAUCAACGAAAUCAAAGACUCGGAUCGCACUGAAAGUCGUAAAGUGAAUGAGCUGGAAAACAAAAACAUAACGUUUUUGGUAGAAGACGUGGUGAAGGGUGUUGAAUUCGGUAAAAAAGGAGACUCGGAGAGCAAUGAGUUGGAUUCCAAUCGAAGCGCGUCGUCAUCAUCCGCUGCGGCAUCGAGUGAUGGGGUGAAUAACUACGGAUGGGGCCGAAUGUACAGUUUGAAGGAGCUGAAAAUUGCGACCAAUCAAUUUUCCGAUGAAAAUGUGAUAGGAGAAGGCGGUUAUGGCAUUGUUUAUCGAGGCAUUUUGCAUGAUGGCUCUGUAGUUGCAGUUAAAAGUCUCCGAAACAACAAGGGUCAGGCAGAGAACGAGUUCAAGGUGGAAGUUGAAGCCAUUGGAAAAGUAAGACACAAGAACCUCGUGUGUCUGAUUGGGUUUUGCGCAGAAGGGAGUCAGAGGCUACUUGUGUACGAGUACAUUGAUAAUGGCAAUCUGGAGCAGUGGUUACAUGGUGAUGUGGGGCUGGUUAGCCCUCUCACUUGGGAGAUCAGGAUGAAAAUUGCCAUUGGGACAGCGAGAGGCCUAGCAUAUUUGCAUGAAGGAUUGGAACCCAAAGUUGUGCAUCGUGAUGUAAAGUCCAGCAACAUUCUUCUUGAUAGGAAAUGGAACCCUAAAGUAUCCGAUUUCGGACUUGCCAAGUUAUUAGGAUCUGAGAAAAGCUAUGUUACAACGCGAGUGAUGGGAACGUUUGGAUAUGUUUCCCCUGACUAUGCAAGUACUGGAAUGCUCAACGAGGGGAGUGAUGUAUAUAGUUUCGGUAUUUUACUGAUGGAGUUAAUUACAGGAAGAAGUCCUGUUGACUAUUCAAGACCACCUGGAGAGAUGACCUUGGUCGACUGGUUCAAAGGGAUGGUGUUAAGUCGUCGUGGAGAAGAGUUAGUAGAUUCCAUGAUUGAUGUUCCUCCUCCUCCGAGAGCUUUAAAGAGAGUACUACUCAUCUGCCUUCGCUGUAUAGAUUUGGAAGCCAACAAGCGUCCAAAGAUGGGGCAAAUCGUACACAUGCUUGAAGCAGAUGAUUUUCCUUAUCGCACUGAACCUCGAUCUACUCGUGAAACAUCUCCUCUACAUCCCCGAGAAACUCGUAACAACAAAAUUCUAUUCUCUCCUGAGGAUGCGGUGAAUGAUGUACAAAGAUCUAGGAGGAGAUGAUCAUUGUUGAUGGUGAUGCACGGAGGUAUACUGGUUUAAUAACGAUUAAUACUUAUUUACGAAGUUAUAUUUGUAAGAAAAGGAAGUGAAAUGAUUGCUUAUCAGUAUCUCCUGAUACAUUAUUGUUUUUUUAUUACACACUUGUUAUAUGACGAUCUAAGUGAGCCUUGUAUAUACAAUUAUGUUACAUGUAUGUUUGAUAUGCGCGGACUAUGGGAUUAGGAUAGGUAUAAUAUAUAUUUUAAUUUCCUUUCCUU